AUGCAAGAACGAGUUAUUGCGCACCCAUCUCCUUCCUACGCGAGAGCUGCGGCGGUGUCUACCGGUGAGCCGCUCUCUGUCGCUCCCGGGCAGAAACGGCAACACGUGGAGGCCCACCGCGGAAAGGAGGCCCACCGCGGAAAGGAGGCCCACUGCGGAGAUCAAGAAUGCACUUCGCACGUGCCGAACGUCGAAGCGGUGGCGCGCGCGCCGCCGUCGCCGUCUUCGCUGCCAGGGGUUGCGGCGGUGUCACGCGCGAUCAUAACGGGCGGUGAUGGGGAAGCCGAGAUACAAAAUAAUAGUGAAGGAGAAUGCGUUCAGGUCGUAAGGCGUAAGACGUCACGUUUUAAAGGCAUGCGGGCAAAGGCUUCGAUAGAUCCGUCACUUAAAUUAAGGGCAGCCGAUGUGCAAAUCCCGCUUUUCAUUUAUAAUGUCUCAAAGGAGAAUACAGAGCAAGAUGUUGCGGAUUAUGUAUUCGAAAAGACACAUAUUCGUAUUGUGCCAGAAAAAGUACAUAUGAAAUCUUCAAGGGAUUAUAUUUCUUUUAAAUUCUAUAUACCUAGGAGUAAGUUGUCCUUAUUUAGUGACGAUAAAUUAUGGCCGGAAGGCAUAUAUUUUAGACGAUUCAUAAUAUUUAGAAAUGUGAAAAAGAUACUGUUGUAUCAAAAGAACAACAUAAAUAAUGGGUCAGGACAAAAAUAG